AUGUGGGGGUUUCCAUGGCAUUGGGCUAAGACCAUGUGGGAGUUCCCAUGGCACCCGGUCAUCGACAUACAUCAAGAACUACUCCUCCUCCGCUUCUCCUCUAAGAAAGACUCGGCUUCCGAUCUCCAUUCUCAACCGCCGCCAUCUCUCCGAUCAGUGAGGUGCUCACCGUUCACUAUUGAAGAUGUUAUUGUUGGUGCUCUCACCUUGCUAAAUUUCAAUGGAUAUUCCCUUAAUGUUGGCUUUACUCAAGGAAGAAGGGUAAGUGUCACUGAGUUCAACCGACCUGCAAAAAAAUCGUCACAGGAAAGGGGCAAAGAGGGUAUUUGGCUGAAGCACAUACAGAGGUUGACGCCAUGCUCUUAUGGAACGAGAUGGCUUCUCUUCUGGAACAUUCUAACUUAACACGCACACACACCAUUUGGUGUUGAUAUGGGCAAAAAUGUCCACCAACCAAUAUGAGAACAAAGGUUUUACCCAUUUCAAUUGUUGAAGCUGAAAUAAUUGUUUAUAUUCUUAACUUCCAGUGUCCCCUUUGCCCUCCAUUGUUUCCAUUCACUUUUGCGAUCGCCCAAAAAGGAGGCUAGAGCAGCCACACAACCAAUUUGUCACAAUACUUCCAAAUUAAGUUGGAUUUCCCCUUUUCUUGCUGACAACAUCCACCAACAUAUGUUCCCUUCGGUGUAGAAGGAAAAUCAACUUUUUAACUAGAACUAAGCCAACUUGACAUGACAAACACUUCAUUUGUGACCCUGAAGCCAAGAAACCUGAGGGUCGAUGACAUCCUAAAGGUGAACUGAUUUCAGCUUCUGAUGUGAAAAAGUGAAAAGUUUGAGGAGGAAAUUCUUUUUCAAGAAAAACAAUAAACAAUUGUCAGAAAGCAGUAGGUGCUGGAAAGGCACACUAGAAGAUUGGAAAAAAUGGAUACAAUUGUUGCAGGGGCAAAACCGGAAAAAAAAUGGGUAAGAAAGUCGGUGGUGAUUGUUCGGGGAAAAAGAAGCGUAAGCUAUCUGGUAGGAGGAGUGGUAGUGGUACAGUCCAUCUGUAUAAAACUGUUUCUCCACAAGUCCUUUUUAAUUUUGUUAGUUUUUGAAAUUUCAUAAAUUUUUAUAUCUAAACAAUCGUUUAGGAAU